AUGGCCGCUACUUAUGGUGGUCGUGUCCUUCCAGGUGAAGAUAGUGAAGAAUCGGAUGAUGAGAAUGAUAACGAAAUGAAUUAUUCGCUUAAUGGUUUUGAGCCACAGUCGUCCGUGGCAGUAUCUCGCUUCACAGCGCCGACAUUUGGAGCGUCAUCAAGUAAAGAAUGCAGUACUGAAGACAAGAAGACAAGGCAUAAAGAUGAGGAAGAGAAUGAAGAAUUGGAGCUAAAGUAUCGAAAAGAAAAGAUAAAGAGUGUGCAAAAGGAAGUGAUAGGCGAGGUUGAAGAAGAGGAGAAAGAGGAGGAGGAAGAAGAGGAGGAGGACGUGGCGCGAGACAUAAAACAGGCGAUGAAAAGAGACGUUGAAAGUUUUGAAACCAAACAAGAUCAUUGGCAUCUGAACGAGUCUUUGAACGGCGUUGAAGUCAUGAGUAAUGCUUUUGUUGAUACAGUGCAGCCCUCGCUGGACGCGACAAUCCACCGGAUCACCGAGUUGAAGGAGAGUCAGCAGCGACUGCUCAAGAUGCUGACUGAACAGAACACUAGCAUUAGGUCAAACAAGCAAGUAGAGGAUGCAGCUGUCGUGUUGGAGAAGCUGCCGUUCUAUGCAAAAAAACUAGAGGGUAUCAAGCUGGCUAUGCAAGAGAUUUCAAACUCCACAGAAAAGAUGAAGUGCCGCGCCGAGGAUUUACGGAUCGACGCACAGUCUCAUGCGAUCAAGAAAGAAAACAAGCGAGACGCGCUGUCACAAUGGAACAAGCUGUACGCUGCAAAGAGUUCAUGA